UAAAUUGGGCUUAAGCCUAUCUAAUCCUUUUUGCUGUCGAACAACUAAUAAGGUGAGCAAAACAGACAGAAGUGAAUAAAACAGACAGACGAUGGCAGGACUUGUUGGAAAAACCACCGAAUUGAUAAAACUCAGUGUUACACAUGCAAGGCCUGUGUUGCAAGUAUGGCAGCAAUAUGCUAGGGUAGAACUGACACCACCUACGCUGAAAGAUGUUCCUGCGAUUCGUAGCGGUUUUUCCAAGCUGAUUCAGGCUGCAAGAACUGGCCGCUACCGUGAUGUCACUGUACGCGAAGCUGUCAUAAAUACUUUGGUGGCUGCUGAAAUAUAUUGCUGGUUUUUUGUCGGAGAAUGUAUCGGAAAGCGGCACAUUGUUGGAUAUGAUGUAUAAGUAUGCUGCAAAUUUAAUCUCAUAGAUAAUACUGUAUAAAUUAUAGACCUGCUAAUAUACAUGUUUAAAAUAUAAA